AUGGCUUCUUUUUUCUGUAAAACUCUUGUUUUUUUCUUCAUGGGGUUUGUUGAACUAGGAAAUGCAAGAUAUAUUAGUGAUUUUCAGUGGAAACAGCAAAAGAUGAAGUACACAACAGUGUAUGUGGAUCCAUCUGGACAUGGCCAGUUCAAAACUAUCCAAUCAGCCAUUGAUUCUGUCCCUCAAAAUAACCAAAAUUGGAUCUGUAUUAACAUCAAAGCUGGACAAUAUAGGGAACAAGUGAAAAUCCCUAGAGAAAAGCCAUAUAUUUAUCUUAAAGGAGGGGAUCAAGGAAAAACAAGUGUGACUUGGGAUGCUCAUGACUCAAUUGCUACAGAUGCUACUUUCACUUCAGAAGCUGAUAAUACAAUUGUGGAAAGCAUAACCUUUAUAAAUUCUUACAAUUAUCCUCCGAAAAGCAACAAUAAUCCGAGGGUGGUGGCGGUGGCGGCGAUGAUUUCCGGCGACAAGUCGGUGUUUUAUAGGUGUGAAUUUCUUGGAUUACAAGACACAUUAUGGGAUGUUCAAGGAAGGCAUUAUUUCAAGCUUUGCACCAUUGAAGGAGCUGUUGAUUUCAUCUUUGGUAAUGGUCAAUCUCUUUAUGAGAGUUGUACUAUAUCAGUAAAUGCAAGAGCUUUAGAAGGAUUGACAGGGUUCAUAACAGCACAAGGAAGAUCAAACCCUAAAGAUGAAAGUGGUUUUAUUUUCAAAAACUGUAAUGUUAUAGGAAGUGGACAAACAUUCUUGGGCAGGCCAUGGAGAGACUAUGCAAGAGUUAUAUUCUAUGGUUGCAAUAUGUCAAAUGUCAUCACUCCUGAAGGUUGGACUGCUGGAGUUUAUGUUGGCAAAGAGAAACAAUUAACAUUUGCUGAGGAAAGUUGCAAAGGAAUGGGAUCAAGCACUUCAAAAAGAGUGCAAUGGGAAGCCAAGUUGAGCCAACAAGAGUUACAACAGUUAACAAGUCUUUCCUUCAUUGAUAACGAGGGCUGGAUUACGAAACAACCCCUAAAAAUGGAUAUUCUCAAUCAAAAUGAUCCGACUGAUGUCAACACACAUGCAAGUGCAGUUGCGGCGGCCGGUGGAGUUGCUAACACCAGUGUUGACAUUAACAACCCUCUUUGCCUUCAUCCUUCUGAUAACCCUGGGGCUAUGCUGGUUUCUUCCCCUUUCAAUAGAAUUGGAUAUUGA